AUGGAAGUAGACGGGCUAGACACAGCCAUUGGUGCCGAGGAGUGGACGCAAGAGGAGAUGCACUUUAUGCGAGCGGCGCUCGAGCAGGCCAAGGUCGCGCUGCAUCGCCGGGAGGUGCCUGUGGGCUGUGUCAUUGUCCGGGACAACGUCAUCGUGGCUAAGGGCUUCAACCUCACGAACGAGCUCAGAAACGCCACGCGCCACGCCGAGUUCCAGGCGAUUGACGAGGUGCUGCGCCAGUCUGGCGGCGACCUGGCGGCUGCGGAGUUCCGCCGCUGCCAGCUGUACGUGACCUGCGAGCCCUGCAUCAUGUGCGCGGGCGCGCUCUCGCUGGUCGGCAUGGGGCGCGUCUACUUCGGCUGCCCCAACGACAAGUUUGGCGGCUGCGGGUCCAUCCUGGCGAUCAACGAGCAGGGCUGCGGGCAGUGCGGGCGCGACAGCGGGGCGAGGACGUACCACGGCCCGCCGCUGCCGGAGCACGGCGGCGGCUUUGAGCGGCGCGGGGGCCUGUUUGCGGAGGCGGCCAUCCAGCUGCUGCAGGACUUCUACCUGGCCGGGAACCCCAAAGCCCCCAAGCCGGCGCGGCCGGUGGUGGACGUCCCGCCUUGGGAGGUGGAGCUGGAGCACCAGCGGCAGGUGCAGCUGGAGCGGCAGCAGCGCCUGCAGCAGCGGCUGCUGGAGCAGCAGCAGGAGCAGGAGCGCCAGCAGCAGCAGCAGCAGCAGCAGCAGCAGCAGCAGGGCCAGCAGGCGAAGGACCAGCUGGAGCGGCCGGCAGCAAACGGCGGAGGCAACGGGCAGCAAAUGCACUGGCAGCGGCAGCAGCAGCAGCAGCAGCAGCAGCAGCAGCAGCAGCAGCAGCAGCAGGGGCUUGAGGAUGGGGAGGGGCGGCCGCCACAGCGGCCGCCCCCCGCCGCGGCUGCGCAGUCGCACCCGCGUGAGUUGCAGCUGGCGUAA